CUUCUUCCUGUCUGACGUCACUUCCUCCCUCCUCCUCUCUCGCUUCCAUCUUGCUCCGCGCAUGUGUCUGCUGUUAGUUUACAGGUCAGUGAGGAGCUUUAAAUACCUUCUUCCCUGCACUGUUUCCCCCCGAUACGACGGCGAGAGAUGAAAGAAGCAAUUAUGAAUCAAGAAAAGCUUGCUAAACUACAAGCGCAAGUCCGCAUCGGCGGAAAGGGUAGUGCUCGCAGAAAGAAGAAGGUCGUACACAGAACAGCCACCGCAGACGACAAGAAGCUCCAGUUCUCCUUAAAGAAACUCGGUGUCAACAACAUCUCUGGUAUUGAAGAGGUUAACAUGUUUACAAAUCAGGGAACAGUCAUCCACUUCAACAAUCCCAAAGUGCAGGCCUCCCUCGCUGCUAACACCUUCACCAUCACUGGCCACGCUGAGACCAAGCAGCUGACCGAGAUGCUGCCAGGCAUCCUGAACCAGCUGGGAGCCGACAGCCUGACGAGCCUCAGGAGACUCGCCGAGGCUCUGCCCAAACAGGCUGCAGAUGGAAAAGCGCCAAUUGCAACAGUAGAAGAAGACGACGACGAUGUUCCAGAUCUGGUGGAAAACUUUGAUGAAGCGUCUAAGGAUGAGGCCAACUAGAGGAAACGAGGCCGUCUGGAGCGUCGGAACUUGACGGGACCAUGAAGGGCACAAGAUGUAAUUACGUCUGCUUCAAGAGGUGGAAAGUCAACGGCUCAAGUACCUGAGAAGACGUGUCAACUUUUUGGCUGCGAGCAAUCUGUAGUAUGCGCAACACCUGGGCUAAGUACUUGAAUACUCUUCGGAGUAAUUUUCUAGAGUCGUCACUCUGAUGUAUUAAAACAGGCAGUAUUUAAGUGUAAGGUGUUCAGUACUCAUUCCACCUCUUCUUCGCCACCAGACUGUCCAAAUGCUUGUUGUGCUCUGUGGUCUUUCUGUCCAGUUAGAGUGAGAGAUUGUGUAAAAAUGUGGUGUUUAAGGCCCCUGCUGUACUUCUUGUUUCCUCCAUGUUACUGAACCUUAACUCUGUGGCCUCUCUGAUACCCACCGUAUCUGGAAUAAAUCUUUGCUACUGUCA